UAAUUUUGAAACUUGUAGGAUGCUGUGGUAUCUGAGUUGAGGCACAUGAAUGAUGAGGUGGUGGAAAACCAUAGAGAUGGAGACAACUUCAUCAGGGAUUCUGAGUCUUUUAAAAAGGAAUAUGCUGCAGUGCUCUUACAGUUGAGUCAAGUCAAUGAUCAGGUUUCUUCUGCUCUUUGUUGCUUAAGACAGCGCAACACAUAUAGAGGGAGUCCCGCAGUUAGCUUGGUGAAGCCCAUGGAAAAUAUAAGCGACCCUGGUGGCCAUUCAAGCCCUUCUGGUUAUUCUUGUCAUGCCCAAGAAUCGGCAGGUCAUGUGUUUGAUAUUGUUGAAAGUUCAAGAGCAAAAGCCCGCAAAAUGGUUGAUGCAGCUAUGCAGGCAAUUUCAUCAUUGAGGAAGGAAGAUAACCUUGAUAGGAUGGAGGAGAUUAUAGACUUUGUUAGUAAUCGGCUUUCUGAUGAUGCUGGCGUGCUGGGACCUUCUACUACCCCUGCAGAUCCAGUUCGGGUUUCUCAAGAUCAGCCAACUGCCUGUACAUCAAAACCAAUGGAAACGAGUUGUUCAGCUGAUCCUAAGUCAAAUAACGUAUCGAAGCGAAAUGAAGAAAAAGCCCUUACAGACCUUAUUGUAAAUUGUGUAGCAGCGUUUUUGAUGAUUCAGACAUGUACAGCGCGACAGUUUCCACCGUCUGAAGUCGCCCAGGUAUUAGACGAAGCCGUGACUAGUUUGCAGCCACUUUGUCCGCAGAACCUUUCGGUUUACGGAGAAAUACAGAAGUGCAUGGGCAUUAUUAGGAACCAGAUACUAGCGUUGGUGCCUACAUAGUUCCCCUUCACACCCAAAAUGUACGUGUUCUGCAUAUUUUGUGCAUCUUUUUUGGCCCCUCUAUAUAUAUAUAUAUCCCCCUCUCAACCAUCGCCAGAAUCAAAUGUGCGUAGAGGUGUAUCUUGAAGCAUUUUUGUAUGUAUAUAAUGAUAUAAAAUGUUGAACAAAAUCUCUGCAUUUUAUUUAGCUUUUGGCAUUGUAAAACGAAAGGCAAAGUUAACUAAAUCUUACGGUAUUUCCUUUCCGCUGCA